UUUUACUUUUAUAACGACAGGAACCUAUCACAAUAGACUUUGAUCGCGGCCUAUUAAAUAUCAGUUUGAAUUAAUCAAUCUUUCUAAUACCCGAUCAUCCUUCUCAGUCUCACCUUACCUCGCCUCCCCUCUUAUCUAUCCGUCAAUCUCUUAAUUCACAAACGUCCCAAUGGCGAAAUUUCUUCGCCGACAUCACGAACACGAUCCCCCGAUUGGGGAGAUUCCCGUUCCCCAUGGCCCCGAAACUGGCGAUGAACACCAGCACUACCCUCGAAGGCAUUCCGCUAGCUAUGCCACCGAGCACGAGAGACAGAUUUUCGCGCACUUGACACAUCCCGACGAUUCAUACACAGAAGAGGGUGUCUACUGGGCUGAUCUACCCUUCUGGAAGCGCUUCUCUUUCGUCAACAAGGUCAACAGCGAUGAAAGCAGAGCCGAAGCCCAGGGCAUCUGGGCUAUGUUCAAGAAUGAUCCUCUAAGCCCUGUCUCUUGGUAUUUCCGAAAUGCCGUCCUCCCUGGUGCUGGUUUGGGUCUCGAGGGUUACGUUCUUUUCUCAAUUGGAAACUUGGAACCCUUGUUCGAUAAAGUAUGGACGACAUGCUGGCCGAAGACCGGCACAGAGUGUAGCACCAAUUGGGUUGCUGCUGUGACUUAUCUCGAAAUCGUCGGUAUCAUGGUUGGCCAAGUCGCCGUCGGAAUUAUUGGUGAUUGGAUCGGUCGACGAUGGGGUUUAAUACAAGACGCUUUGGUCAUGUUGCUUGGUCUUCUCAUGUUGACUGGUUCUUGGGGCACAACGCUUCAGGGCUGGGUCAUCAUGUAUGCUUGGUCUUUGUUCGUUUAUGGUAUCGGUGUCGGUGGUGAAUACCCCAUCACAGCUACUUCAUCCAUGGAAAACGCCGUUUCUUCUGGCAGACUGUCGACAAGAGAUGACCGUCUCCACCGUGGCCGAAAGGUUACUAUGGCAUUUUUGAUGCAGGGUUGGGGUCAAUUCGUCAACCAAGUCGUGCUCAUCGUUCUUCUGGUCAUUUUCAACCGCGGCUCCGGCGACCCCCCUUACUCUAUGACUGCUACCCAGUACGCCUUCCGAUUGUCGUUCGCCUUCCCCGCCAUCGGCACUCUAUGGCUAGCCUACUACCGUACCUAUAAGAUGAAGUCUGCUAGCAAGCACCUCGAGGCUGCCAAGAAGAAGGCUAAGGUAACUGGAUACGAUGUUCAGUCCCUAAAGAUGACCUUCGGCAACUUCGGUGGACGUCUCUUCGCUACCGCUGGUGGAUGGUUCUGCAAUGACGUGUUCUUUUACGGCAACAAGCUCUUCCAAGGUCAAUUCAUUAAUGUCAUCUCGAAUAAUCCUAAGUCGAUUAUGACGACCUGGACGUGGAACUUGGUCAACGUUGUUGUUUCGCUCGCUGGAUACUAUGCGGCUUCCAUGAUGAUCGACAACAAAAUGUACGGAAGAAAAACCAUGCAGCAGAUCGGCUUCUUGAUGUGCUUCAUCAUGUUCGCUGUACCGGCCUUCAAGUACGACUACUACACCAGCCCUGCGGGAAUUCACGCUUUCCAGGCCAUGUACUUCCUAUCAUCUUUCUUCAACCAAUUCGGUCCCAACUCGGUCACUUUCCUCGUUGCUGGAGAGGUUUACCCGACUCAAGUCCGAGCUAGCGCCCACGGUUUCUCAGCCAUGAUUGGAAAGGCUGGUGCUCUUCUGGCUUCGGUUCUGUACAACUACAUCGGCGACCAGACCAAGUUCUACGUCGUUCCGUGGUUUGGUCUUGCUGGUAUGGUUAUCACCUCGAUCUGGCUGCCCGACACCACCGGUCUUGACCUUAAGGAGCAAGAGCGCCGAUGGCAAUACAUCCUUGACGGUCGUCCUGACGAAUACCACGGCAUUGCCAUUCACCCCCAGCAUCUUUCUCUUUGGGAGAAAUGGACUGGUGUCGGCAAGAACUACCACCCCGACCUCGACUUAAAGGCUAAGAUUCGGGAUAUGCGCGCCGACUGGGAGGAGCGUGAAGCUGCCCGAGCCGCUAGCGACGAGGAAUCCGCUACUCCCUUCGAUGACGAUGAUGACUACACCCACGAGAUCUACAACUACUUCAAGGGUAACACUAGUAACAGCGUCAACUCCUUGAAGGGUGAGAAGCCCCGAGGAAAUGGUGCUGCAUCGCCUUCUCGAUCGAAUGAUGCGCCGAGUGAUAGAACACUCGAUGACCCAUCCCACGAACCUAAACCCAAAGAGUCUGCCUCUUCAGACUAAACUGGGGGAAAGGGGAUCAUGUAUUUAGUUAGAGCGUGUGGGUUUCUCUUCUUUUCAGGCUAAUCCGGAACUGGGAUGAAUAUACCCUCAUCGACUGAGGGGUAGAACUGGGAUGAAGUAUGAGUUUUUAGAA